AUGCUGGCUUCUCCGGCGUCUCCCUUGAUACACCAAAGUACCCAUGAAGUUAAACUCGGUCAAACCAUCAGAUUGGAAAUAGACUACUCUCCAUUCACAUCAGCUGAACAGUACAGCUCUACUCCGCCGCGGAGCCUCUGGGUGCGUGUCAGGAAUACGGAGCCAAUACCAUUGCGUGCAGCGUACUUGGCUGGCCCAUACUCGCUCUAUGUGGACUGUAGACAUCGAGACUACUCCACCACCACUAAGGCAUUUGUAACAGCGGACCAACCAGUAUUUGAGCCGCAACUACAACCAGGCCAGACGUUUUAUGCCGAGUUACUGUGUCACACUUUUCAAGAGAAGUAUCAAUGGACAGUCGAUGUUGUAUCGCAGAUCAUCUUCAAUAAUACAAUGGGGGUCAAUUUCGAAGUGACCAUCGCAGAGGGAAAGGAUAUGGCCGAUUAUGUGGUGCCAGAGCAGAAUUUGAAUGUCACAAUCCAUGAUACUUUGGACUUAUGGAACUUGCCAUUGCCUGAUUCUUCCAAACCUAUCCACUUGGUGAUCUUGACCCAUGGACUACACUCCAAUGUAUCUGCCGACAUGCUCUUCUUGAAGGAAGAAAUUCAGUCCGGAGAUGAAAACGUGGUUGUGAAAGGCUAUUUCGGCAACAUUUGUAAGACUGAGCGUGGCGUCAAGUACUUGGGUAGCAGAGUGGCUGACUACGUGGUUGGUUUGAUAAAGAACAAAGAAUUGAGCAAUGUGACUAAAAUCUCGUUUGUCGGCCACUCCUUAGGUGGUUUGGUGCAGACGUUUGCGAUUGCGUACCUUGAAUCUAACUAUCCUUGGUUUUUCAAGAAGAUCCAGCCAGUAAACUUUAUCACUCUUGCAUCACCUAUGCUAGGGAUAAUUCACGAGAAUCCUGGAUACGUCAAGCUAGCUCUUCUGGCUGGCAUUGUUGGAAAAACUGGCCAGGAUUUAGGAUUGAAGUUUACUGAGAAGGACCAAAAGCCUUUGCUAUUACUCCUACCCUCAGGCCCAACACAUCGAAUCUUGCGUCGAUUUAUCAGAAGGACUGUCUACGCGAACGUAUAUAAUGAUGGAAUCGUGCCAUUGAGGACAUCUGCAUUGUUGUACUUGGACUACAAGGCUCUAUCGAAGGUUUUUGAUGCAAGUAAUUUACCGGCCGGAAGUGAGGAUCUUCAGGCACUUGAUGGAGUUACGUUUGCAGGCAGUAAUUCAGAUAGAACUGUGAAUGAUUCAAACAAUAAAUCUAGUGAUUAUUCAGGGGCAUUUGAAGGUAAUCCCUUUCAAACAAAGGUGGAAAAUCCAAACGUGCAAGGUGCUAUGGGCUCUCUUCCAAAAACAUCUAUGUUUGAAAGUGCUGCGUCUCUUAUCUUACCUCCAUUGCCCACCAUCAAGUACAUAACGGAUCCAGAGUCUCGCGAGAACAUCAUUCUACAUGACAAAGUCUAUCAUGAAAGCGACUUGCCAGAAGUUGAUGAUGCUGAUAAUCAAGAGUGGUCCGGAAAGAAACUAAAACUCGAUAAAGAGGAGAACAAGAAGAAAGGCAUGAUAGAGCUUCUUCAGAGCAAGGGUGAAGAAUUCCGUCAACUUGUGAAUGGUAGCACCGAGCAUCUCGAAGAAGAAAUUGCCCGUGAGUACCACAAGCUGAUGCUGUGGAGAAAGGUUCUUGUGAACCUCAAGCCAGACGCCCACAAUAAUAUUGUUGUCCGGCGAAGAUUUGCCAACUCGUAUGGCUGGCCAGUUUUGGAUCAUUUGGUGAAAAAUCAUUUCUGCGUUGAUGAUAAAGUCGUUAAUGAGCUCCAUAGAGAGGAUACUUUGGACCAUUCAGCUGAUGCUAAGGCAUUGACUCGAAUUCUCUCCAUGGACUUGAUCAAAAAAGAAAAUGCAGAGCUCGAUAGGGAAGGAUCUGAGGAGAAACAUGAAUAUGCUUGGAUCAAUUCCCAAGAGAACGGCGAAAUCUUUGUUGGGCCAGCCGGACUUCUUUCAGACAUCAGUGACAUGGUGUUCAACUUCAAGGACCAGAUUACUUCAUAUGGCCGUACCGUUGAGAAUCCUAAGUCGGAGGAAGAUGAAUCAGAUGGCAAAGUAAUGGCAGAGUUCAUUUGA